AUGUCAGGAUUGGAGAAAAAGCAAUAUUCAUUUAAAAUCCUCGUGAUUGGUGAUCCUGGAACAGGAAAGACGUCCAUUAUCAGGAGAUUCGUUCACGACGUCUUCACCACGAAUUAUAAGGCAACGAUAGGUGUGGAUUUCGCAAUGAAGAGAAUGGUGCUAGAUGAGAACAUUCAAAUCUAUCUCCAACUGUGGGACAUCUCAGGUUUCCUUGGAAUUCUUUUCUUUUGCUGA